UUUCUCAUCGUUUCCUUGUGAAUCUUUCUUUCUAACGAUGGGCAGAAAAACCACCGCCUCUGAAGAUCGCGCCGCCGCGAAAGGGUCGAAGACGGCCGCCGGAAGUGCCACCUCCGGCGCUAAAAAGGAGAAGAUGUCCGUCUCCGCCAUGCUCGCCAGCAUGGAUCGUCCCAAACCCUCUUCUUCCACCGCCGCCGCCGCCGCGCCGAAGAAAUCCAAGCCAAAGCCUGUUUCCACCUACACCGAUGGCAUCGAUCUCCCCCCUUCCGAUUCCGAUUCCGAUGCCGAUGAUGGACUUCCGGCGCCGCCUCCUCCAAAAUCCCGCGGCGGAGCUUCGUCCGAUCUCUCCAACGCUGCCGCGGUGGUCUCUGGUAAGGACGUGAAGAAACUCGAGAAGAAGGAGGUGAUGGCGGCCCAUGCCCGCGAGGUCGCUCGGCAGGAGGCUCUCCGUGAUGAUCGUGACGCGUUCACCGUCGUCCUUGGUACCCGCGUCUCGUCUGAAGAUGAUUCGGCCACGGCCGCUGAUGAUAACGUGAAGGACAUCGUCGUGGAGAACUUCUCCGUGUCGGCCCGCGGGAAGGAGCUUCUCAAGAACACGUCGGUGAAGAUCUCGCAUGGCCGCCGGUACGGUCUCGUCGGUCCCAACGGGAUGGGGAAGUCCACGCUCCUGAAACUCCUCGCGUGGCGCAAGAUCCCGGUGCCGCGCAACAUCGACGUGCUUCUCGUUGAGCAAGAGAUCAUCGGUGAUGAUCGCUCCGCGCUCACCGCCGUUGUCUCCGCCGAUGAGGAGCUCGUCCAUCUCCGUAAAGAAGCCGAGGAGCUAUCCAACAAGCCAGAGGGGGACGAUGAUGGCGCCGAUGAUGAUGAUGGGGAGAAGCUCAAGGAAAUCUAUGAGAAGCUGCAACUGAUGGGCUCCGACGCUGCGGAGGCACGGGCGUCAAAGAUCCUCGCUGGAUUAGGGUUUACAAAGGAGAUGCAAGGCCGCCCGACGAAGUCCUUUAGUGGUGGAUGGCGGAUGAGGAUCUCGCUGGCGCGGGCGCUGUUCAUCCAGCCAACGCUUCUCCUCCUCGACGAGCCCACCAACCACCUUGAUCUCCGCGCCGUGCUUUGGCUGGAGCAGUACCUCACAAGAUGGAAGAAAACCCUCAUCGUCGUUUCACACGAUCGUGACUUCCUGAACACUGUGUGCGAGGAGAUCAUUCAUCUUCAUGACCUCAAGCUCCAUGUCUACAGAGGAAACUUCGACGAUUUCGAGAGGGGAUAUGAACAGAAGCGCACAGAGAUGAAUAAGAAGUUUGAGGUUUAUGAUAAGCAGUUGAAGGCAGCGAGGAGAACUGGUAGCAAAGCUCAGCAGGAUAAAGUCAAGGAUCGUGCCAAGUUCACGGCUGCUAAGGAAGCGGCCAAGGGGAAGGGCAAGGGGAAAGGGAAGGCCGCCGACGAUGAUGAUGAUCAACGACCUGAGGCACCGAAGAAAUGGAGGGAUUAUAGUGUGGAGUUUCACUUCCCGGAACCUACUGAGCUCACUCCACCUCUCCUUCAGCUCAUUGAUGCAAGCUUCAGCUAUCCUGGCAGGGAGGAUUUCAAGUUAUCUGAUCUCAAUCUCGGCAUUGAUAUGGGAACUAGGGUAGCCAUUGUAGGGCCUAAUGGUGCUGGGAAGUCCACAUUGCUCAACCUUAUUGCCGGUGAUCUUUCUCCGAUUGAGGGUGAGGUGCGACGGAGCCAGAAACUUCGAAUUGGGAGAUACUCCCAGCAUUUCGUCGAUCUUUUGACAAUGGAUGAGACCCCUGUUGAGUACCUUCUCCGUCUUCAUCCGAAUCAGGUUGGGAUGAGCAAGCAAGAAGCAGUGCGAGCAAAGCUUGGCAAGUUUGGGCUCCCUAGCCAUAAUCACCUCACACCAAUUGUCAAGCUUUCCGGAGGGCAGAAAGCUCGUGUUGUUUUCACUUCUAUAUCGAUGUCCAACCCUCAUAUUCUACUUCUAGAUGAGCCUACGAAUCACUUGGAUAUGCAGAGCAUUGAUGCAUUGGCUGAUGCACUUGAUGAAUUCACCGGCGGUGUUGUCUUGGUUAGUCAUGACUCUCGGUUGAUUUCACGUGUAUGUGAAUAUGAAGAGAAUAGCGAGAUAUGGGAAGUGGAUGCGGGUACUGUGAGGAAGUUCCCAGGGAGCUUUGAAGAAUACAAGGAUGAACUUCUGGACAUUAUCAAGGCAGAGGUGGAUGAUUGAUUCAACAAUAACAUCCAAACAAGGUACCUGUUUGCAUAUGCAAUGCAAUUAGUUAUUUCCCUCUAUCAAGAAGAUAUGAUCAUAUUACCUUUUAUUGCUCUUGAUGUUUACUUAAUGAUGUUAUUGGUUUUAUCUUUUAUAUACACACUGAAUGAGAUAAAAUCGACUUAUGUAUCGAAUUAUGGACAUGUACUGAGUGGUUUUGAUCUAAAAUUUGUUGUAGCUCAUGAGACUAAUGUGCUCCUCUUUUUUACUAAGGACUGUUUUUUUGGAAGAA